AUGAAUGAUAUUGUUGUGCACUCCAAUACGGCACGUGUAUAAAUUGUUGUGAGUAAAGUGCGACAAAGUAGAUAGUUGAAUUAAAACACCUUCGAUAAAAUAUGCUACGAAAUUGUAAUUUUUUAACAAAAAACUUGCGCUACAUCGCAAGAGGGUUUCACGAUGAAGGUACUGUUAUCGGCAGUACGCACGACGCCAACUCGUCAGAAUACCAGGAAAAUUAUAUUCAAAUGAAAGCUGUGGUGGACACGUUAAAAGAGACGGUCGGAAAAAUCGUAGAAGGUGGAGGACACAAGGCAAAGGAAAGACACACGAAAAAAGGAAAACUAUUACCACGAGAUAGAAUUAACAAGCUUCUUGAUCCAACAUCCCCUUUUCUCGAAUUCUCUCAAUUAGCAGGUUACGAAAUGUACGAGAAAGAAGAAGUACCAGCAGGUGGAAUUAUCACAGGCAUUGGUAGAAUAGAAGGAACCGAAUGCGUGAUAAUUGCAAACGAUGCGACCGUGAAAGGUGGCUCUUACUACCCAAUCACUAUAAAAAAGCAUCUAAGAGCGCAGGAAAUCGCAGAAGAGAAUGAUUUGCCCUGUAUAUAUUUAGUAGAUAGCGGUGGAGCAAAUUUGCCCAGACAAACAGACGUUUUUCCAGAUAAAAUGCAUUUCGGUAGAGCGUUUUACAAUCAGGCAAACAUGAGCGCAAAGGGGAUCGCUCAGAUCGCUGUGGUCAUGGGAAGUUGUACAGCAGGAGGCGCGUACGUGCCAGCUAUGGCGGAUGAGAACGUGAUCGUGGCGAAGCAGGGUACCAUCUUUUUAGCGGGACCACCGUUGGUGAAAGCAUCGACUGGUGAGGACGUUUCCGCCGAAGAAUUGGGUGGUGCCGCGCUUCAUUGCCGGAAGUCCGGUGUUACCGAUCAUCAAGCCAAAGACGACAACCAUGCCCUGUAUCUAACUCGCCAGGUCGUCAAAGAUUUGAACAGACAGAGACCUAUGCACGUGAAUUUAGAGAAACAGAUCGAGAUACCCGUACAUGCUAUCGAUGAAAUUUAUGGUAUCGUUGGUACCAAUCUGAAGCGACCUUACGACGUGAGAGAAGUGAUCGCGAGGAUCGUUGACGGCUCCAAGUUUCGCGAAUUCAAAGCUCUGUACGGGGAAACCUUGGUUACAGGAUUCGCGAGGAUUUACGGCUAUCCCGUAGGAAUAGUCGCGAACAAUGGGGUGCUGUUUUCCGAGAGCGCGUUGAAGGGUGCACAUUUCGUGCAACUUUGCGCUCAAAGGAAGAUACCACUUAUUUUCUUACAAAACAUUACAGGGUUUAUGGUGGGUAAGGAGGCGGAAGCUGGGGGCAUCGCAAAAAACGGAGCGAAAAUGGUGAACGCCGUGGCCUGUGCCAAAGUACCGAAAAUUACGGUGAUGAUCGGAGGCUCCUAUGGAGCUGGAAAUUAUGGCAUGUGUGGAAGAUCCUACUCUCCGAGAUUCGUCUAUUCGUGGCCUAACGCCAGAAUAUCCGUGAUGGGAGGGGAACAAGCUGCCGGAGUGAUGGCACAAAUUACGAAGGAUCAACGUGCACGGGAAGGAAAAGAGUAUACCACGGAAGAGGAAGAGAAAUUGAAGAACACGAUUAUCAAUCAGUUUGAAAACGAAAGCAACCCGUACUAUUCUAGUGCCAGACUAUGGGACGAUGGCGUGAUCGAUCCUAUCGAUACCAGAGUGGUACUCGGUCUCAGUUUAUCCGCUGCACUGAACGCGCCCAUACCCGAAAGCAAUUUUGGAAUUUUUAGAAUGUAAUAUACGUUUAAUAUUAUAAUGUCAAUGAUCUGAAACGAUGAAAGUAUAAUCAGGUUUUCUCUGAUCCGUUAUUCUUUGUCUAUUGCUGUUUUAUAUCAAAGAUUUAUAUAUGUAUAUAUAUUUUUUUUUAUACGGGAUUAUUGUGUAUACAUGAGCAUUAAACAUUCCAAGUGUAUGCA